CCUGUCUCGGCGCAGGUGUGGACGGCUAACUGUUCUGCCGCAGGUUCGGCGAAUAAACCAGGCACGAGCAGACCGGUCCGCCCCGGGUGGGAUCUCUGGACGAUGGUGGCGAAGCAGCGGAUCCGCAUGGCCAACGAGAAGCACAGCAAGAACAUCACCCAGAGAGGAAACGUGGCCAAGACGCUGCGACCGCAGGAGGAGAAGUAUCCAGUGGGCCCCUGGCUGCUCGCCCUCUUUGUUUUUGUCGUGUGUGGGUCCGCCAUAUUCCAGAUCAUCCAGAGCAUCCGAAUGGGAAUGUGACGCCCAUUAGGCGCCAGGAUUCCGUCCCCAUCAGCCGCCUCUGGACAUCUCCAUCCCUCUCGUGGUGUUGCAGUCUGUGGUGCCGACAGCUUUCUUUUUUUUAAUGGACAGUCUAAACCACAGCGGCUGGAAAACAUUCACCUCACUCCCAUCCGCUGCCAGUGACUCCGCUGAUGAAGUGUCGGUCUGUCUGUCGCAAAUGUUUUUGUAAAUAAAUGUCAAGCAUUUAUGAAAAAUAAUGCAGUGAUUUGUGGC